AUGGACACUAAGAAAGUUUUCGAGAGGAGAAAAUUUACAUUGAAGAAGAAAGCCAAUGAGCUUACUGAGUUGUGCAACUCAGAGGUUUGCUUGGUAUGUUAUGAUCCCAAUGGUAACGUGGAAGUGUGGCCAGAGGAUCCAGCAAAGUCUCAUUCCAUUAUCACAAAGUACUAUUCUAGACUGGAGUCUUGCAAUGAUAAGAAGAGAAAGGCUAGUGAAGUCAAUCUAUCUCAUGUGUUGGAGAAGAAGAUGAAGAAACUUGAAGAGCAAGUAACUGAUCAAUCCGAAAAUACCGCCGAUAGCGUCAAUGGGGCUUCAUUGUCCUUGAUUUGGGAUGAAAAACUGACCAUUUUAUCCGAAAAUUCUUUGUUGGGUUUGGCACAGAUUUUGGAGGUUAAGAUUCAGGCAUUGGAUGAGAUAGUUGACAUAGUCAAGGGGAAAGAGCAACUGCUUUUGCAAACCCAACUCCAGAAUGAUCAAUUUCAAGUUGAAGAAGAGCAUUAUUAUCAUACUCUUCCACCACUGCCGCCUCAGAAAUGUGUACCACUCUUGUCUGAAGAUCCUUAUAAUGCCAUGGAGUUGUUAAGUACUGAAAACCAGUACUAG